AUUAUCCUUAUGGCUCUUCCUUUAAACGCCAAUAUCAAGUUGCUGAAUCCAGACGCAGUCAGAUUGGAUAGGUUCGAUGGCACCAACUACAUGCGAUGGAAGGAUAAGAUGACAUUCUUACUGACAACACUGAAGGUGUCCUAUGUUCUUGAUCCUAAUCUGCAACCUAUCCCAGUGCCAGAAGAGAAUGAUUCUGAAGGAGUGAAGAACGCAAGACUGAAGCGUGAAGAAGAUGAACUCAUAUGUCGUGGACAUAUUCUGAAUUCUCUCACCGAUAGGCUUUAUGAUCUGUAUCGCAAUAUGUCUUCCCCUCAACAAAUCUGGAUUGCUUUGGAAAGGAAAUACAAGCAUGAAAAGAAAGGUACGGACAAAUUUCUUGCACUUAAAUAUUUUGAGUUUUUAAUGAAGGAUGAUAUUUCCAUCAUGGACCAAGUGCACGAGUUGCAAAUUCUGGUAUCAAGGAUGUCAGAGUUGGAGAUAAAGAUUCCAGAUUCACUUCAAGUGGGGGCAAUACUUUCAAAACUUCCUCCAUCUUGGAAUGAUUACCGGAAAAAGGUUCUACAUUCAGAUGAAAUUCUGACUAUGGAACAGUUUCAAACACAUCUCCAGAUUGAGGCAGAAAACCGUUCAAGGGAUACAAUAUUGGCUCCAUUGAAAGUUAAUCAUGUAAGUCAAAGUUCUGCCAAGCCUUUCCAAAAUAAACUCAAGCCCCAACAACAGAAAUUCAGUCCUUUCAAAAAAGCCUCUUUCAAGAAAAAUCAGCCUUGUUUUCAUUGUGGUAAGAAAGGUCACUUUAUUAAAGACUGCAAGUUCAGGAAGAAUGCAAGGAAUUUCGGUUCUGGCAUUCAUGCAGAAACAAGCAACAAGGCAAAUCUGAUUGAGCACGAGUUGAUUUCCAUGGUUUCUGAAAUGCAAAUUGGAAUGGUGACUGAAUUAAACAUGGAAAAUCCAACCAAAUCUAUGGAUUGGUGGUUGGAUUCUGGUGCAACAGUUCAUGUGUGCAAUAAUAAGACACAAUUCAAGUCUUAUGAGGACUUGAAGGAACCAGAGGAAGUGCUGAUGGGAAACAAUGUCACAGCAAAGGGGCUUAAGGGUUGUCUUAGAAUCAGAUAAGGCCAUUAUAUUAAAGAAUGGCAAUUUCGUGGGGAAAGGUUAUUCUUGUGAUGGAAUGUUCAAAUUGAGUAUUAAUGAAAUAAAUAAUGUUUCUGCUU